AGUUAUAUUUCCAUACAAUCAAAUUUCAAAUCUUUCUCUCUCUAUUCAUCGGAAAAUCAACCAAGCUACCAAAUUUACAAGAUGGGUCUUAUCAACUCCGGCGCCGGCACCUCCCGCACUCAAAAGUUCUACCUUCUCUGUAACUACGCCUUAAUAGGAGCAUCUUCCAGCUGUAUCUUCCUCACUCUCUCUCUUCGUCUAAUCCCCUCUCCGAUCGGAUUCCUUCUCAUCUUCCUCCACGUGUUAACCAUCGCCGGCGCCGUCUCCGGCUGUGCUGCUGCAUCAGGAUCCGGGCGGCGGUGGUACGGAGCCCAGAUGGUGGCGACAGUUGUGACAGCUAUAUUUCAAGGAUCGGUGGCUGUUUUGAGCUUCACAGUAACGGAUGAAUUCUUGGGGAGAUUGAAUUCAUAUGUUAGAGAAGAAGAGGGGAAAAUGAUUUUGAAAUUGGGAGGUGGACUUUGCUUUGGGAUCUUUUGUUUAGAGUGGAUUGUUUUGACUUUGGCCUUUUUCUUGAGUUAUCGUUCUUUUGUGGAAGGUGGGAAUGGGAAUAAUAUGAAUGGAUCUGCUAAGACUGCUCCGAUUAAGGAUGAUGAAUUGACUAAUUGGCCAUGGCCUUUUCAAGUUUAGGUUGUAAUUUAUAAGCACUUUCUCUCUAAGUGUUUUUUAUCAAUGUUUGUUUGUGGGUUUUCUUUAAUUAUGUUAUAUUAUUUGUAUUAAAUUGAUGGAUUGAUCUUUCAUUUUUU